AUGAGCAGACCUUCGUAUCCACGUAAAGCUGCCAAUAGUUUACCAGGAAUUUCAAAUAAUACUAAAGAUCAUUUCCAUUCACCUAAACCUUUUGUACAAUUGAUGAGACGUUGUUGGGAUGCAAACCCUAGAAACCGUCCUAAAGCUGAUAAAUUGUCCGAGAUAUUGGAAAAUUGGUAUUGGAACCUUUACGAUAAAUUAGAGACUCCUGAAAGUUUAGCAUUCAUGGCUUCAGAUAACAAUAUGCCACAACCAGGUAGUCAAACCUCUAGUAGAGCCGUAACGCAGACGCAUCCACUUGCUUUGUAUACGAGUGGAUCUUUUAGUUUUCAAAAUCUUCCUAUACCAGUGAAUUCUCUGUCAAUUAAUUAUCGAUCAAGCUCGGUUUCUUAUAGUGGCAUGACCUGCGACAUAGAUUUUAGGACUGAAUCCGGAUCCAUGAAAUCCGAACCUUCAACAAUUGAUGCUUCUGCUACAUCAGAAGUUACAUCUGAAUCUGAUGAAAAUGAAUAUAUUACAAGACAAUAUGAUUUGUCAUUAUGA